AAACCAUCGGCGCGUCAAUCCUACGGUCGCUCGCUGCCUUCCCUGCCAAGCAGCCGAACCCACUCACGCAUCAGGGUUGCCGGCACGCACCCGCAAAUCCAGCGAGAUCUCUCCCCUCCCCUCUCCCACCAGCCACCACCGCCUAGUCCUCAGAUCCGCCUCGCCGGCGCGCCCACGCCGUACGGCGCCAUGUCGCACAACCACGGCGACACGAUCCCGCUCCACCCCUCGUCGGCGCAGUCCGACAUGGACGAGAUCGAGAGCCUCAUCCACGCCGCGCCCUCCCCGGCCACCGUCCUCCCGGCGCGACCGUCCUCCCCGCCGCGCGCUUCCAUCCCGGUCUCCUCCUCCCCGUCCCUGGCGCCCUUCCCCUCGAAGCCCACGCUCCCCGCCGCCUCCAUCCCGAUCUCCGUCUCCCCCGUGCCGCCCGUGUCCGCUUCCGCCUCCGUCUCCGUCCCCAUCGCCUCCGACGGGUUCGGGCCACCGCCCAACACGCUCACUGAGCCCGUAUGGGACACCGUGAAGCGCGACCUCGCCCGAAUCGUCAGCAACCUCAAGCUCGUCGUCUUCCCCAACCCCAACCGCGAGGACCCUGGCAAGGCUCUCAGGGACUGGGACCUGUGGGGACCCUUCUUCUUCAUCGUCUUCCUUGGCCUCACCCUCUCCUGGUCCGCCUCCGUUAAGAAGUCUGAAGUAUUUGCUGUUGCAUUCGCUGUCCUGGCAGCUGGGGCUAUAAUUCUGACCUUGAAUGUUCUGCUUCUGGGCGGACACAUCAUCUUUUUCCAAAGCCUCAGUCUUCUUGGCUAUUGCUUGUUUCCACUGGAUGUUGGUGCUCUAGUUUGCAUGCUGAAGGACAAUGUCAUACUAAAGAUCAUCGUUGUGACAAUCACAUUGUCAUGGAGCUCCUGGGCUGCCUAUCCGUUCAUGAGUGCUGCUGUUAACCCAAGGAGAAAGGCUCUGGCCCUAUAUCCUGUCUUCCUCAUGUAUAUUUCAGUUGGUUUCCUCAUAAUUGCCAUAGAUUAAUGGUGGGGGUGAGCUUUGUAGUAACAUCUGCAACGUUGAGAAUUUUCCUCAUUGAAGAUUGAACCACCAGAAUUCAUACAGGUUUGAUAGACAUGCUACCCCUCAUGGAGACAUGGGAGUCGUUGCUAGUUGUUUCAUCGGGAUUUUGGUCUUUACAUGAGCAAGAGACACACGUUUGUAAAAUUAGUCGAAAUCUAUAUAUGUUGUAAAGAGAAUGAACUUUGUCCACUUGACUGUCGACCUUUCUUUUGAAUGUCAUGUUCUCCCUCC